AUGAACUAUGGAGGCUUCAACUGUAGUUCUGUCAAAUUCAGCUCUACACUCAAUGAGAUUCAUUUUAGUGAGGUACCAGAAAACUUUUCAGUAACAAAUGUCACCGAUUUGAGUGGCCAGAGUCACUGGAAUUAUUCCCAACCAGACGGUGACGGGAAGACUGUACUUGGGGGCCUUGCUCCUGGGACACAGUAUCUUAUCACCUUUUCAAAUGGCUCCAGUACCUGCUGUCUACGAAUACACACAAAACCUAGUCCUGUGUUUGACAGUAAAGCUGUUGUCAUCAGUCCAACCAAUGUGAUCGACACAGCUGCUUCUGAGUACACUUACAGAGUAAAGAACGAGAUGGAAAAUGCGUGGACGCCUGCUGUCACAAAUCAAACAACGUGGAACGCGACAGGCGCACAUCCAGGGACUUCAUAUACAUUCUCCGUCACUCCAGGAAUAAUAAGCACUGGAAUGUGGGGAGAUCCCAGGAACAUAACUUUCACAACAGAGCCGAGUCCAGUUUCUGAUCUUCGUGUUGCCUCCGUGGGUGUGACGAAGGUUGCCCUUACCUGGAGCAAUGACAAUGGCACUGCCUCCUGCCGGAUGCUCCUGGAAAGCAUCGGAAGCUGCAAGGAGCCGAUUCCAGACUUAGCAGUCAAUAUUUCAGACCUGAAGCCAGGGAUUCAAUACAACGUCAACCCCUAUCUUCCAGAAUCAGUCGGGACACAGAGAGACCCCCUGGUGACAGAGAGUGGUUCGGAUGCCCAUGACACAGAGAGAAGGCUGGCAGAGAGCUUGCCCCCGCCACAGGGCAGCCCCUCUGCCCCUACGAACGAGCCCCACAGUGCACAUGCUGACCCAUCCUCUGGCCCGGAGUCCCGAGACACAGAAGUCCUGCUCGUUGGGCUGAAGUCCUGCACUCAGUACAAGGCCACUGUUUAUUCUCAAGCAGCAGAUGGCACAGAANUUUACCCCUCUUGUGUCUUCACAGAUUCUUGUCAGGUUUUUAACAUCACUAUUGUGACCAUAAAUGCCACAAGCAUGACCCUGAUCUGGGAAAUCAGCUGUAAUGAGUCAUCCUCUGUCAAUACCUACAAGAUAGAAGUGGCUGGGGAGACCGACCCCCUCAAUCUCACUGUCAGUGAGACUCGUGCCUUCAUCUCUGGCCUCAGCUCAAGUACCUUCUACAACAUCACAGUGCGUCCUUUCCUGGGCAACGACGAGGGCGUGCCGGGCUUUCUCCAAGUGUACACUCCCCCUGGUCCAGUUUCUGACUUUCGAGUGACGAGUGUUGGCACAAGGCAAAUUGGCUUAGCUUGGAGCAGUAAUGACUCAAAAUACUUUAAGAUUCUUACCACAUGGGAUGUAGCUGGAGAGCCUCUGGUGAAAACAACCACCAACCAAAAUAUUAUCAUUGAUGACUUACACCCUGGAACCAAUUAUAGUUUUGAAAUAUUUCCACAAGGACCAAAUGGAACUGAAGGGGCAUCUCAAACAAUUUACUGUAGUACUG